CCCAACCAGCAUGUUACAGUCUAGACUGUGGCCAAUCCUGCUUCUAGUGCCCUUCGCGGUCGUGGCAAGUCCGGUUCGCGACAACGACGACUCGUCGUUUCACCCCGCGUUUGAAGCUGGCAUUCUAACCGCAAAGAACGUUCGCGAACAAAGCACCGAGUUCUGGCGCGAUAUUUCCCGCCAACAGACCCUGGCGAAGGUGGCGCGUCGUGACAACCGAAACGUCGCCAAGAACGUGGUGUUUUUCCUGGGGGAUGGCCUGUCGGUGCAGACGGUGGCUUCUGCCAGGGUCGCAGCAGGCGGUGAGGAGCGCGAGUUUGCAUUUGAGCGGUUUCCGCACACGGGAUUCAGCAGGACCUACUGCGUUGACGCCCAGGUGGCGGAUUCGGCCUGUACGGCGACGGCGUAUUUGGCGGGGGUCAAGGCCAACUACGGUACGUUGGGGGUCAAUGGGAUGGUGAAGCGGGGGGAUUGUGAGGUGGAUCGGGGGAAUCGCGUGGAGUCGAUUGCGAAGUGGGCUUUGGAAGCUGGGAAGGAUGUGGGGAUUGUGACGACGACGCGGGUGACUCAUGCGUCUCCGGCGGGGAUGUACGCGAAUAUUCCGGAUAGGGAUUGGGAGACGGAUUUUGGGAUUCGACGGGACGGUUGUGAUCCGGAGCUGGUGGAUGACAUUGCGGAACAGUUGGUGUACGGGGAGAUUGGAAGCAAGCUGAAAGUGGUUCUUGGUGGAGGUCGUCGAGAGUUCUUCGAUCGGACGCCGGAUCCGGAAACGGGACGUGCUGGGUUCCGAUCUGAUGGGAAGAAUUUGGUCAAGGAGUGGUUGAAUGGGGAUCCAGGGGAGCAUCGACGGUACGUGUGGAGUAGGAGCGAACUGUUGACUGUGAAUCCGAAGACUACGGAUAAGUUGUUGGGCUUGUUCGAACCUAGUCAUCUGCAGUACAAUCUUGACAGGAUUAGUGGGAACAUGCACGAAGAACCUACUUUGGCGGAAAUGGUUAACAAGGCUACGGAUAUCUUGUCGCAGAAUCCGAACGGAUUCUUCCUGUUUGUUGAAGGUGGUCGGAUAGACCAUGCCCACCAUGAGAAUCGAGCACGCUACGCGCUGGACGAAACGAUACAGUUCGAUCGGGCAGUGUUCACUGCCCGUUGGAAGUACAGUGAGGAAGACACGUUGAUCGUAGUAACCGCUGACCAUUCGCACACUAUGAGCUAUGCUGGAUACCCGACCCGCGGCAACGACAUCUUCGGCUUCGCCGGCACGGGAACCGACGGCCUGCCGUACUCCACCCUCUCAUACGCCAACGGCCAGAGCUUCGAGGACCACUUUAGCGCGUACAGCGAGGGUUCCGCCCGCCGCGAUAUGCGCACCAUGGACAUGAAAACUCCAAGGUUCCGCUUCCCGGCAACGGUCCCGUACAGCACGCAAACGCACGCCGGCGAAGACGUUCCGGUGUACGCGUCCGGACCGUGGUCGCAUCUGUUCAGCGGUAGCUACGAGCAAAGCAUUAUCCCAGAUCUGAUUAGCUACGCGGCCUGCUUCGGGAGUGGGCCGCAGGCGUGCGAGGGCGCGGGUUCGUCUCUUUUAUAGAUUUAUUGACUUUAUAGGGUAAUAAAAGCCGUGCGGUGGUCGGCAGUAAAACUGAUAA